GCCGCUUUGGAACUCACUCAAGUGUAUCAUUGAAUGCAUCAAUCAAACGGAUGGGCAUUGUCGUGCAAGUCCGCAAAACUGUCAGUGACUUUUUUGCCCCCCAAUCAACACGACAACACGCACCAUCGAAAGCCAAUCCCUCGACUACAGGACCAUACGUUGUAGGCCCACCCAUCACACAUCCUCCUCAUCAUCGUCAAUAAUCACCAGCCCCGGCUGCACGACCUCGGCCUCAAGAUCGAAGCGCCGCAAAACGGGCCGCAGCAGGCGCAUCGACACCGGGAAUCGGACGGUCAUCGGCUGGGCGGCCUCGGCAGCAGGCGGCUCCGUAGUAAACAGAAAAAGCUGGCUGUGCUUCACCUCCAGAUGGACGAUGAUCACCUUGUUGGCUCGGGAGUCGCUGAGUACCAGAAUGCGACGGUAGAUAGAUGUGCGCUGAUAGGCAAGAGAUGUGGCACAAUAAGGAUGUUGAUGUGCAUCGGUCAUCUCGAAGCGACACUCGCCAGCGAUACCCUCCACCCCGCUGAUCCCCUCGGUCAUCAGACGCCGAAUGCGACGGUCAGGCAGGCGGCACUCGAGAAGUUGUUUGUAAGAACAGGGAGCCUCAGGAAAGCGACGGUCAGGACGCCCGACAGAACAAAUGGGCUUCAGCCGCUUGCCCGCGGCCUUGCGGCUCCAUUCAGCCAGCAGGUGCACCAGAGACAAAGAGAAUGAGGGAUAAAAGAUAUCUUUCCUUUGCCGCUUCCUGCAGCGAACAACAGGGUCCGUCAUCUGGUAGGCUUCAGCGUAGCCAUGCCAGGGAGGCAAAUCGCCCAGCCGCACCACAUCAAAGGCCUCGUCGUAUAUGCUGCAUGCCCCGUUGUCAUCGUGGUGCAGCGUCAGGCGGCUCCCGUUGCAUUCGAGGAGGUGCCCGACGAGCCCGUAGAGCACCAUGGCAAGGGGCAACUUGUCGAAGGCCGUGGCAGUGGGCAAUGAAUCAGGCGAUAGGCGAAGGGGCAGAGGAGAAUCGGUUGUAAGCUGACAGACAGAGGCCACCCGGAUGGUUCGCCCUAUCGCUCGCCAUUCGUCAUCGCCCUGCCGCAGCGCGUACAGGACCUUGAAAACGCCUUCAAGAUCAUCGAUAUCGAAGCUCAGGACGUCCUCCAGGCCGAGGCGGCUCAU